AUGGCUGCCGAGAACAAAAACGCGCACGAAAUUGCUCUUGCGAAGCAACUCAAGCACAUUCCCUGGUGCGAAGAAUACGAGAAGAUGAUCUCCGGCAUGCUUUACGACUCAUUUCAACUCUCAUUAUCAGCAGCACGUUUCAAGGCUCGUACAUUUGCCCAUCGAUACAACCAAUACUUCCCGGAGCCAUCCACCAACCCGACCUUUGAGACCUUGCAAGCCGAUCGUUUCACGAUGCUUGAAGGCAUCCUCGGCCGCGUAGGACCCGGAUGUCUGAUUGAGCCACCAUUCUAUGUUGUAAGUAAAUCCAAGGGACUCCUCGUAGAACAACGCAUAGUAUAGAACUUCAAUUGUUAUAUGCAGAUUCCAAGCCUUCACUUGACCCUCACUAAUACCGUUUGUACCUAGGACUACGGCUGCAACG